UUUAUUUUUCUCAAAACAAUAAAUGUUAAACUUAAAUUAAAGCCUUUUGAAUUAUUAGGUAAGUUUUCGUUGUCGGAUCAUGUUUAGUUUUAGCAAAAAUUAAACGUGGAUAUUGCAGAUGUGACAUCUUUUUCAUAAACCUCUCACAAAAGAAAUAUUUUUAAAAAAGUUUUAGUGGACCCGAAGAGUGUUUUUAAUUUUUUUUUCUUUUUAGGGUCAAGAAUUUUCUUUGUAUCUGUAAGACUUGGAUUUUGCAAUUGUUUUACUCUUUAAUGGGGUAUCAUUAAUGUCAUCCUCUGAAAUAAAUAAGCUGAAUUUGGGGGGGAAAUACUUGAAAAAUUGGAAGAACUGUACAAAACCAGAAUAUAUUUGUCCUCUUUUAUGUUCAGUAUUCAAACUCAAAAUUAUAGAGGGAGGGAAGGAAGGAAGGAAGGAAUAGUGGUCCAUUACGUUCGUACUUUUGAGGAGGCAGCCAUGAAUGAAUGAUCAUUUCCUGCAUUAAUUCUUGUGAAUUUUUUUUUUUUUUUUUUUUAACAUUUGAUUCUCUGCAAAUUCAAAGGGGUUUUUGAGACUUUUGAGUUUGUAAAUCAAAAGGGUCGAUUUCAUCAUAAUGACUUUGUUGGAGAGUGAAGAGAAAAGGAACCACAAUAACAUAGUCCUGGUUGGGGUAGGAUUUGAUGGCCAUGGUAAAGAGCUUCUGGAUUGGGCUCUUGUCAAAGUUGCUCAUCCUGGCGAUUCUGUUGUUGCCCUUCAUGUUUGUAGAAACUCAGAUUCCUCUUCAAAAGCUAAAGUCUUGAUGGAUGAUUAUCUUGAUGAUUAUCGAGGCAUCUGUCACCAAAAACAGGUUGGAAUUGCUGUGGAGAUUGUUAAAGGAAGUUCAAUCAGGAAACUUCUGGUCAGGGAGGCUAAAAACAGAGCAGCUGCUGCUGUAAUUGUCGGCAUAAACAAGAACAGUCCCCUGGGAUACACAGGAAAGGUUUCAAUUGCCAAGUACUGUGCCAAGAGACUGGCCUUAACUACUCAAGUCAUGGCUGUUCACAAUGGGAAAAUUAUCUAUCAGAAUUGCCCAAAAGACCCAAAUUUCUGUAAAGAUUAUCAUUCAGAAUUUGGUGACUCAGAGCUAUCAGUUUCAAUAUCAUCAGAUUUUGGAGGAAGGGUCAGUUAUUCAUCCAAAGACGAAGGUUUGGAGAGUAGCCCUUUUCAAAGGAGGAGGACACUCAGCGGGAUAUCCCUUCCGGUGGAGGAAUUCACGCAGCAGAAGCCCGGCUGGCCGCUGCUGCAAACGUCCGGUGAAAUGACUCAGUUGACGAAGGAAGCACGGAAGAUGUCCGUGGUUCAGUGGGUGAUGAAUUUGCCGAGCCGUUCCAGGCUGGAAAUCCCUCAGAAUUUCAGGUUCUGUGCAGAUGUUUCAAGUGAUUUGGAGCAUUUGCUUAAAGUCGUGGAAGAGUCAAAUGGCUGCAAGUUGUUCAGCUAUGAGACGCUGAGAAAUUCGACCAGUCAAUUUUGUUCAGAUAAUUUGAUCGGCAAAGGAGGAUGUAACAGCGUGUACAAAGGAAUUCUUGCAGACGGAAAAGCAGUAGCAAUUAAGGUCAUGAAUUCGUCCAAAAAAGCUUGGAAGGAAUUCACCCUUGAAAUCGACAUAAUGACGACGUUGAAGCACAAGAACAUCACUCGCCUGCUCGGGAUAUGCCUGGCUGAUGAACACUUAAUUUCUGUCCAUGAUUUUCUCCCAAAAGGGAGUUUGGAAGAUAAUUUACAUGGUAACAAUAGCAAUAAGGAUGAUAAUAACAGUUCUGUAUUGGGAUGGGAAGUAAGAUACAACAUAGCGAUUGGGAUUGCAGAAGGCUUAAAUUACCUACACAGUGAGUGUCCAAGGACAGUCAUCCACAGAGAUGUUAAGUCCUCAAAUAUUCUUCUCAAUGAUGAAUUUGAGCCACAGGUAGUGAAUCCCAUGUUGCACCCCUUUUGCUUGUUUUUUACUUGUGUUACUAAUAGUUGUUGUUUAGGAUUCUGCUUGUUUCACAAAAAGCAUAAUUUGUCAAAAGUUUCGAUAACACCUAAACGAAAUCAAUUUGUGAAUGUAGUUAUCAGAUUUUGGGCUGUCAAUAUGGGGACCAAGGCCAACAAAAACAACAGAGUCAUCUUCAUAUUACGUUAUGGACAGUGAUGUUGUGGGAACCUUUGGGUAUCUUGCACCUGAGUAUUUUAUGUAUGGCAAAGUUAGUCACAAAGUAGACGUAUAUUCUUACGGCGUAGUUCUGCUGGAAUUGCUUUCUGGUAGAAGAGCCAUUGGUUUUGAGAAGUCCAAAGGCCAAGAAGAAAGCCUAGUCAUUUGGGUAUAAAGCGAUCUUCCAUGAUUAAUUUACUCUUUUCCCCUGCACUACUUAUUCAGUAGAGUAGUUUCUCUGCAUAAUAGAUGGUAAUUGCUUACUAGCCAGCCUUUUCACUCUUCUUUCAGGCUAGACCAAAGUUGGAGAAUGGAGAUGUGAAUGGGAUAUUGGAUCCAAAACUUGGUAAAGAUGUUGAUGGUGUUCAAGUACAAAGAAUGGUUUGUGCAGCGAAACUGUGCCUUACACAAUCAGCUCGACGACGUCCUGAUAUAAGCCAGGUAUUAGCCCAAUGAAUGUUACUUCUGUUUUAUAAAUAAGGCAGGAGGGUAUAUUCCCUGUUGCUAGACUAAGGAUACUAAUCCUGAUUCCGUACCAUGAUCAUUUCUGAUGAACCGAUAGCGAGAAAAUGUCACAGUUUGCAUAUCUAGUGAAUGAUGAUGCCUUAAGAUUUGUUUUAGUUCUGACGAUGGGAAUGUUGGGGGUUGCAAUGCAGGUAUUAAAGAUCUUGACUGGAGAAAAAGUAUGGGAGCAGGGUGAAGGAUUAAGUAGAGAAAAAAAGCAAGAAGAAUAUGAGAAUGAUAAUUUUGAGGUUGAUGAUGAUGAAGUAUAUUUUGAUUCAGGUGCUGCAGAAUCCCAUUUGAGUACUGCUUUGAGUGAUGUUUUUGACAAUUCUGCAUCAUUUAGCAGCCAAGAUCAAAGCAGCCCACUUUCUGUUGAAGAUUACUUGAGAAGAAGAUGGAGCAGAUCUUCAUCCAACAUAAUUGACUAGUUUUUUCCCAACAAAAUUAUUCUUUUUUUUUUUUUCUAAAGGAAAAAGGGGGAGAGAGAGAGAGAGAGAGAGAGAGAGAGAGAGAGAGAAAGUAAAGAAAUAAGAAAUUAUUUUUUGGAUUUUCUUUAAUCUAUGUUUUUUAAGUCCUUAAUUUCUUGCACCCCGCAGAAUAUUUGAGUUGAGAGGUGUUUGAUAGGAGCUUAGUCUAGCUAAGUGUUUGUACAAAAAGAUUAAAGAAAAAUGAUUAUAUCAUUGUUAAAAAUCUCUAAUUUUUCUUUUUAUGGGUAAUAAAAGAUUAAACAAUUGAACAAAAUUUUCU